GCUACUCGCGGUACAAGACAAAAGAACUUGCUUGUUAUUUAGAAACCAAGCUCAAAACACACACACAGUAUCACACCGGAAAAAAAAAAAGGGGGGUUUCAGCUUGGCCUAAUCACUGUGAGACAUUUCUAUCUUGCUUUCAGAAGUCUGUGAUCCUGAACGGAACAAUUCUUUGUCAGAUGUGAUGGGCACCAUGACGGUCGUACGGGAAUCUAUGAGUGUCCUUCUGGUGUCAGCUAUAGAGGAGAGUGGUUGUGAAGCUCAAUGGUCCGCACUCAGGGAAGAAAUAAAGAAUUGUUAUGGAUGCCUUCAUCGCCGGCAUCGUGCCAGAAUUGACGAAAUCAAGAACGCAGUGGUCAUCCUAGAACCCUUGGUGAAGGAUGUGUUUGCACAGAUCAGGAACCGGUGUGAUACGAUUGCCGAGCCCAGCGAGAAAGUAUUCUUCGCCUACCAUGUCCAGGAUGUGAAGGACAGAAUUGAGCAUGUGAAAACCGCGCUGAAAGAGGCGCUAGUGCCGUAUACUUGGGAUGAACUGCCAGCCUCCAAGCCAGUGUCGUACAGGCGAAGGCUAGUUGAGGCACGCGAAGAACUACAUCAUAUUCGCAAUGGUCCGUUGGCGGCAUUGAAGGCGAUGAUGGAUGAAGAGGAAACAAGCGGACAGUCGCUAAGCUAUCAUAAGUCAGCGCAAGGGUCUCCUCACGUCGCGGUUUCGCUGCCGUGGCCUGGAGCUUUGGAGUCGCCGAGGGGAACUGUGCUGGGAAAGGAGAAGUGCUUAAGCACACUGAAGGAGAAACUUAUGGGCGGCUCCUCCUCCGGCGGGUCGACUUCGGCCAAACUCAUCGGCAUUUGCGGGUUUGGAGGAGUGGGGAAGACAACGCUUGCUCGCCAUGUUUUCGAGGACCAAGACAUUGUGAAACAUUUCUCGGGGGGCAGGUUCUGGGUGGGGGUCACGAAGAACAUCCCCGUCCUUUCUGUGCUCAAUAAACUGUGGGCGGAACUGCUGCGAGAGUCCGGCACCCCGGCCAGCACAUUUUCAUCUGUGGACGAGGCCAUUUCCAACAUUCAGGGAAGAAUAAACUGCCUCCGCGGCUGCGUCCUCCUUGCUCUGGACGAUGUGUGGCAGGAAAGCCAGAUUGCGCCCAUCCUCGAUCUUAUGACCCUUACGUUGUCGUGCCAAUUACAUAUUCUAAUGACGACUCGGUAUUCGCGCAUCGUGCAGAGAGGAGGAGCCUUCUGGUACGAGGCGAGACCUCUAGACUUGGAUGAUGCGAAGAAAGUGAUUUGCCUGCAUGCUUUCGGGGAAGAGUCUCCAACCUUGGAGCACUCCUUGAAUAAGCUUGUUGAAGGCGUUUGCAGCGAAUGCCAGGGAUUGCCGUUGGCUUUGAAGAUAGUCGGAUCAUCGCUGCAGGGUAAGAGCGCGUCGGAGUGGAAGGUUGCAUAUCGCAAUCUUCGCAGAGCAGCUAGUAUAACCCGCAGAUACCACGAGGCUGUUUUUGGCUCCCUCUCUUUCUCCCUUGAUGCUCUCCAUGCAGAGGACCCUGUGCUGCUGGAUUGCUUCCUGGACCUGGCGGCCUAUCCCGAGGACUACCAGAUCCCUGUGCAUGAGCUGUUGCUCCAGUGGUCUACGUACGACGAGGUGGAAGACUUGGAAGAUGCUCUUGACCUGUUCAUGACUCUGGUUGACUUCUCUAUGGUUAGUUGGUCAAACCAGUCCAGCGAAGAAACUGUACGUGACCCAGAGAACUCCUGGUCUUCUCAAUGGAGCAAGCAGUCGGAAGGCAGGGUGUUUUUGGACCUCGGCCACUGUAGCUUCCUCGACGAUGUGCUGCGGGAUCUUGCAUUGAUACUGUCUGCUCGAAAGCCGUACACUGACGUCAAAGCCAUCCGGCUGAACGCUACAGAGCUCAUGGAACAGGGGGUCGAAAGGCCGCUGCAUCUGCUUGACCGGCUAUUCGUGGCAGGGGGACGAUGUUGCUCGUCCAACUUUGUGUUGGCGAACGGAAUGGACGCCCAGCUGAAGCAUUGCGUCUUCCAUGGCUGGGACAGGCAAACGAAGGCGGAGGAGGAGGUGGAGAUGGAGAUGUGUGUUGGAAAUCCCACGCCACGGCGUCAAGAGGCAAGGCUGGCUGCUAGGAACUUGUCUCUCAUCGAUGGAACGUUUGCCGAGUUCAGUUCAAACACAGCCAAAUGCGUUUCCCUUAAAGCGCGUAAUCUUCAGGUCCUGCUUGCACAGGGGACGAGGAACGAGCCAUGCUUCCUUCUCGAACAACUGGUCCGCUCUGCGUUCGGGCUGAGGGCUCUCAAUCUUCAUAACUGUAAGACAGGAAAGGUUCCGUUUGAUGUCACCAGCCUCGAAGCAUCGUUUGCCUCCUUGCAGGUUUGCGACAUGGGCAGCGAGUUCCCGGACGAGCUUAUCUCAAACUGGCCAGUCGAUUUUGGACGGAUGGAAAAGCUGCGAUACUUAGACGUGCGACAGAAUGUCGUUAUCGGAACCUCCGAGAGCGAGUGGCUUCAGGAGGUCUGCAAGCUGACAUCUCUGACAACUUUACGGAUGGACUCUAUUCGGUUUGAAGAUAAUGUGAUUGGCGAUAUUCUGCCAGAGAUAGGUAAUCUUCACAAUCUGACAGCUCUCUCUGCCUCUGCCUGUGGGAUAACCUCCAUCCCGGAGGAGAUUUGCUGCCUCUCCAGUCUGAUGUUCCUCGAUCUGUCGGAAAAUGAGCUGUGCGAUUUGCCAGAUUCGCUGGGGGAUUUGCCAAGCCUUACGUCGCUCGACCUGUACAAGAACCCGAUCAGGGAGUUGCCGAGCACUAUCGGACGGCUGAAGAAGCUGCAGAGCUUCCGGGUAGGAGGAUGGGGGUGUUCGUUGUCGUAUUUCCCGAGGUCGAUGUGCCAGCUGACAUCGCUCAGCACACUUUGGUUGGGUGAGCUCGAGGAGGAAGGCGAAGACAGUGGUGAGGACUUUGUAAGCGCUGCCUCGCCGGGCUCCCAGCUAAGGACCAGGGAAGACAUGGUGUACCUCCUCAGCCAUAUCCCCAAGUUACGAUUCCUGAAUCUCACGUGGCCUCCCAUGGGAGGUGAUAUGGCCCACAAUGACGCCGACACGUCGGUCGAUGGACCCCUGGCAGCCGUGACCGGGUUCGACAAUCUCGAGGAGCUCAUCCUCUGUCAGUUUCCCUCAACCCAACCGGCUUUUGUCCCCCGUUGCUCGCGCCUCGUCAACUUGUAUCUGGAAGGUGGUUACCAGCAACGGCAGCGCAUCAACGACUGGACCUUCCGCCCCCUCCCUCACCUCCGUUUUGUGUCGAUAUCCUACAUCGACGACGAAGAAUUGCCACCAUCUUUGCUCGAUCUUCAUCAGCUCUGUAUCCUUCAGCUUGAGGGUUGCUCGUCUUUACGCAUGCUCCAUCUCGACUGCCUGCACUUGCUCCGCGUCCUGCGUCUGUGCGACUGCGGAGCUCUCACCGCUGUCGACGUCAGCAUGCUGUCUGAUCUGCAAACGCUGGAGCUCCGGAACUGCCCCUCCGUAACGCUUGUCAACAUCGGCGACCUCCACAGCUUACAGGUCGUACGCCUGCUGUCGUGUCCAUCCCUGUCGGAAGUUAAGAUCGGAAGGACGAAUCGGGUUCAAGUGCUAGAGAUGAUAGGGUGCCAGGCACUCGAGGAUGUCAGCGUCAAGUGCCUGACCCAGUUACGCAUUCUUUGGUUGGAAGAGUGUUGCAUGGUGAAGACCCUGGUCUUUGGAAGCGCCAACCAUCUCCAGGAUCUGCAACUUUCUGAGUGCACAGCACUGAAGUACAUUGACUUUGAGCACCUCAAGCACUUGCAAAAACUCAAGAUCGACGCCUGCUUGUCGCUCGUACAAGUGGAUGUCAUCACGCUUGCAACCUCUUUGCAGAGUCUUGUUGUCUCCGGCUGCCCAAGCCUACAGAUCAUAGGUCCCGAUCAUCUCCGAACCAGUCCUUUGAGCCCCCCCAGCAGCAAGAAGGCCAUAACAACACUUAUCCAGAAGCUCGAUUUGUCUGACUGCGGUUCGCUUGUCAUCGUGGAUGUGGGGAGGCUAGAUCACCUGCAGGAUUUGCUCCUGUCAGAUUGCCCCAACUUACUAGUGAUACGAGGGAUCACGGCAUCAAAACUGCAGUCGCUCUACUACGAGAGAGUUCAUCCCGACCUAGAUCGGACACUCCAAAAGCUUUGUCAAACAAAGGGGAACAAGCUACUAGAUUGCACCGUUCGAUACGCCGGUCGGACGGUGCAGAUCACCGAUGCAUGUAUGAAGAAAUUGUAAAGUGUUCAAGAAACAUAGGACAACGCAAUUGUUUCCAGGUGAAACGCACCUCCCCAGUGCCCCUUCCUCCUGGCCCCCAACCCCCAACUCUCUCCCAGCUGGACCUCGCUCUCCUUUGAAAUUCAUCUGUAGUACACGACGAGACACAAAAUCGUUUAAGUUCUUGUAGUUUCAAUACCCUACUUACUAGGGUGCGAAUUUCGAACUUGUGAUCAGUCGAUAGGCAGUCAACACAGUGUGCAUUAGGAAGCUAACAACAUCAAACACUAACCGUCAGUCAGAAUCAUCAGCUCCUAACAGCCAAAUUUAGCGGACGCCGGACCACUUAAAAAAAUGCAGUUUGAACCACUUCGGCCUGCAGUCGUUCUCUUUGGGAACUCAGCUGAGCUGAGAAGCACAGGAUGAACAGGUGGAGGAAAUGGGAGAGAGGGAGAUACGGAAGGGGCUCCCGGCCAAGCCAGGGUAGCAUUCCUUCCUCACUCAUCUCACUUUCUGAAUCGACCAACUCCACAGACAGGGGCAGUCUCUUGCUUGCACGAAAAAACACUAUAGAUCUUCUUGAAGUCAUUUCCUUCCGCUUUUCUUGAAUGCUUCUGAAUUUUUAGCUCUGCGUGCAUGAUUGUUUUAAUUACGAUAUCCCUCCACAGACAGACAAGAGAGAGAGAGAGAGAGAGAGAGAGAGAGAGAGAGAGAGAGGCAUUACACAGACAGACAGACAGACAGACAGACAGACAGACAGACAGACAGACAGACAGAUAGACAGAUAGGCACAGACAAACAGAGAGAGAGAGAGAGUACAGCUCCCUCCAUGGAGAGAGAGAGAGAGAGAGAGAGAGAGAGAGAGAGAGAGAGAGAGAGAGAGAGAGAGAGAGAGAGAGAGAGAGAGAGAGAGAGAGAGAGAGAGAGAGAGAGAGAGAGAGAGAGAGAGCUACUUUCCUCCCAACCCCACUGUCUCACACAUCUCUCACGCUUGUAUGUCUUCUGACGGUCUUGCAGCUCCCCAUUUGCUAGUUUCUCGUUUAUUUUGCUAGUGCCGUUAUCAUCAGAACACUCCCUUUCAUUUUCUAAGACAUCAUUGGCAGCACUGUUCUUGGUGAGGAUUCUUUUCUUAUUGUCAUUCUUUCUGUUCGACAAGCUAUCUGUAUUCUUAUGUGCAGUAGACUACCUAGACUCGAUCCAAUGACCUUUGAUGGGAAUGCAUUGUUUACUUGAGUCUUUUUUGUAGUGCUAGGGUCCUUCGUAUCUUCCCGUAAACGCUACAGAUGUAGUCAGAUAGAUCCUGAGCUUGUUCUUCCUGGAUGUUGCUUUGCAUUAGACAAC